AUGAGCCUUGCUCUUGCAUCACAAUUGGCGGCAAAAAAACCUUUAAGUGCUGUUGUUACUUGCUAUGGUGUUCCAUCACCAACGAUUUGUGACGUAUCUGUUGUUGCUUUAAAAUCUCCUGUGCAGGGACAUUUCGGAAGCGAAGAUAAACAAACCGGAUUCAGCGAUCAAAAUGCUGCCAAGUCGCUUGAAAGAAAUCUUGAAGAAGGAAUAGAAAGAAUGGAUGCAGCAGGAAAAGAAAUUACAAUCUAUAGAUAUGAUGGAGAAGAUCAUGGAUUUUUAAAUAAUGAAGAACGUGCGUUGAAGAUGCGUAAAGAACAAGGUUUUCUUGAUGUUAAUGUUAAAAGUCAAGAGUUGGCAUGGAAUAGAAUUUUUGAGUUUUUCAAUAAAUAUUUGUAA